UUGCCCUUUCUAACCAAUAUUAAAGUUUCUUGGGCGGGACCGUCUUUGUGAAGGUAAGGUUUAAUGAGACUCCAUUGGGUUGUAAUCAGUGCCAUGUCGGAUUCAUGUAAACUACAACAUUGUAACAAAAUGGCGUCUGUUUAGUAACGCGACCGGGCAAAGCGGCGAAGUCACCUGACCUGUCCACCGUAUUAAAGCGUCCAGAAAACAAGGUGUAACACGAAAGGAUUUUUCAGCAAGUCUUCUGACUUUGGAUUUACAACCACAAGGGAUUUUUUUUCUUUCUGACAAAAGGGAAAAGGAAUGAAUAGCCAGUCUGAUCUUUGAGGAGUUACAUCAGUCCCAUAUCCUGUUUGGCAUAAUGUACUAAUGGCUGGCUUUUGUUUGUGGAUGCGUAUUGUUCACUCUUAAAAGAAAAGGAAUGUAUUCAUGGAUCACACCUUAAUGAAACAACUUAUUUCACCAUGGUGAAACUGGCCAAUCCCCUGUACACAGAGUGGAUUCUUGAGGCUAUUCAGAAGAUCAAAAGGCAGAAGCAGCGGCCUUCGGAGGAGCGGAUUUGCCAUGCUGUCUCAACCUCACAUGGACUAGACAAGGGCGUCGUACUCCAGCAGCUGGAGCUCUCUGUGAAGGAUGGGUCCAUCCUUAAGGUUACCAGCAAAGGAUGCGCUUCAUACAAAGACCCAGAUAACCCGGGAAGGAUUGGGCCUUUCAAGCUGGGAGGCUCUGGCCUGGUCUCGCUUGGAUCUGUGAUACCUGCAGGGGAUCUGCGUCAUGUGGAUUGGAAUAAAAUCCUUAGGAGGGCUAUCGAAGGUCUGGGCGUCCCGGCUGGCUCCUCUCUAAGGAACAUCGAGAGAUUCCUUAGAAUCCAGGGCGACCUGGUGAAUGUUGUGGCGAACCCCAGGUUUCAGCAGAGGCUGAGGCUAGCUGCUAAACGAGCGGUUAACAAUGGGCGGCUGCUCAAGGAUGGGCCACUCUACAGGAUGAACAGUGGUGGGCUGGGAGGCAAAGCUUGCUUCAGGCGCGUGGGGGUCUUUGGUGUCGACCUCCCACCUGUGACACUACUCCCUCAUGAGAGAGACCAGGUACUUUUUGUAUCCAAUCAGGCUCUGUGUGCUUGUCUGAAAAGCUGUGAAUGUAAUAACUUGUUUUAUUGUUUCUGCAAAUGCAAAGUCGCACAAAUUAUUUAAAGCUAUCUUACAAGGUUUUAACCAUAAAAAGCCUUGGGAACUUAUGGUCGUUUAGGAACCUCUUCAUUCACUACCAAGCAGAUUUGUGACUUUUUCCAAACAGUUUAGCUUGUUAGCGUCGACUGUUGUUUUAAGGCCUCGGCAGAGUUUCAAAAUCUAGUGAACACAACAAGUGUCAGGAACAGAAAUACUCAUAUGUUGACAUGCGUACCAGAGCCACCAGUGUCAUUUAGAGGUUGUAACAUCUAGGAAGUCAGUAGUUUAGAUCCAGUGUUUGUAGCUUUUCAGGGCUUAACUAUACAAAAGUGGCUUUGUUGUCCUAAAUUGUUGAAAUAUCUUGAAACCAUAGCCUAACUCAUUGUUUUGGUAAAGGGUUUCUUCACUAUUCGCCCCAAACCGCUUUGUCAUCCACAUGAAUUAACUUGGGAUUGAUUUUAACAUUGUGUGAUUGAAAUGUUUUGUGAAAAAUGAGUAGACCAUGUUUUUUUUCCUAAAUCAUCUUUGGUUUUCUCCAAGAUAGUUUUCUAAAUGAGGGCAUGAUACGCUACAGAUGUUGGAGUAGCUGUGCGUUAUUGAUCUUGUUGUCCUGAAGCUUCAUCAUCCAGGCCUCGCUGGUGCUAUUUCCAUAUUUAAAAAUCUUAAGUCAACAUGAAACAGCAUUUGCAAGCCA